CCAUUCCGGACAAACUUCGAGUAACAAGAAAAGUUAAGUCGCAAUUCCUCACCAGUUCAAGAUAUGGGCAAGCAAGAUGCAGAGGACGAUACAGCAGUAAGAAAAUUGAGAGAGAAAUACGAAAAGAAAGAGAGAAGCAGAAGGAAACUUCUGGCAUCAGACACGUUAAUAACCAAAGACACGGUCAGGAAAAUAGUUAAGGUUGCUGGAGUAGUCCAUCUGAAACUAUCGGAGAAAAUCCAAAGCCUUCUGGAGAAGAGAUUCGCCGAGAAGUCUGAAGCUGACACUCCGUGGAUUUAUCUCAACAAAAAAUGUAUUCAGGGUGAUGUGGACGCGAACGGCGAGAAGUCAGACUUCUUCGCAGUCAAGGAGGAGAUUGCGAAAUUCACAAGGGAGCAGUUACUCAUCCUUUGCGACAACGUAUCUGGAAAGGAAAAAAAGUACUAUAUCUGCGUGACAGAACCAGCGGAAGAUACAGUGCUGAGAACUGUCAACCAGGAGAAGACCGUAUCAGAGGAGAAAGUCGCAAACGCAGUCAGAAGAAAAGUUAGGCCAUGGAGAAGCCUGGGCAGUUCUAUGGAUGUCGACGUCGAUGUACUGAGAAGUAGCCGUCCCUUGCACGAAACUAAAACGACAAUCACGGGAAUUUUGUCCAGAAGUGAAGAUCAGCUUUCAGAACGGGACCCCUGUGAAGAAGACGGAACCUACACUGCAGUGGGUAUAGAGGAGAUUGAUAAAGUAACGAUACAUAGGAGGAGAUACGACACUGGCGUCCAGGCUGUUCCUGAAGUUCAGUCCUCAGAAGUGCAGACACAUCCAGGACUUCCAGUCAACGUGUGGUCACAGUACUCUUACGAUGUCGACGAAAUAGGCCAGCUGCAACCUGACAUUUUAGUCAGGUCAUCACGCUUCCUAAAGGCUAAACAAUCGGAAAUUGAAGACGCUCUUAAAUACAAUGAAGCAUUCGAUCACCACAAAGAUGACUAUCAGAACCUCAUCCUAAGGAAAAGAGACACAGAAAUCCCGAAGCAACUAACUUAUGAAGAACAAGAAAUCUUUAUUGAUGUUCGACUGUGCAAAGGAAAAAUUAUAUCGUGCGCUGCUUGGCAUCCAAAGAGAGAAGGGUACUUUGCGAUAGCGUACGUGAGCAACCGUCGUGGUAGACAUUUUUCUGGUGUUGACACGGCUUCCGAAUAUCUGCCGGAUGUCGAGGAUUCACCGGAAAACAUUCACGACAAAAAUCCUGUGCUACUGUGGAGCUUCAAAGAUCGAUUUCACUCAAAACUGACUCUUCUUAGUCCUCGGCCUGUCCAGUGCCUAAAAUUCUGCCCGCACAACGCAGACAUACUAGUAGGCGGACUUACCACUGGACAGAUAGUUAUAUGGGAUCUUACGGAGAAUCUAAGACGGAUAGAAGGAGAACUUGAUACAUCAGAGUGGCGCGCAGUGGAAAGAACGUCUUUAAAAGGACUAAGCAGCUGGAAGAAGAAAGCAAAAGAAGGAAUAAGUAUGUACCCUACAGUAGUUUCUUCCCCUACCGUGUCCCACAAGGACUGCGUCACUGAUCUACAAUGGAUAGCGCCUACGUUACAGGUAUGUCGAGAUGGAGUUCUGGAAAAAGUUCCACCAAGUUCACCAACACUGCAGUUCUUAUCGUGUUCUCUUGAUGGCCACAUGUACGGAUGGAAUUUGUUGGAAGUGCCUACACCGAAACGCAAGAAAGUGGUCCAGAAGAAGUCAGCGAAGCGACCCCGUUCUGAAGGCCCCGAGCGGACGCCUGUGUCUCCGUACGCCAAACUGCACGGCUUACUGCAACCUCAUUUCAAGGUCUCGGCUGACUACCCUAUUUCCAGUUUCAGUUCACCACUACCUGCUAUUUCCGGCAAUCGGCUAUCAGAGACGGAUGAAGUAGCCUCGACAUAUGGAGAAAUACGUCCAGAGGAAGAAAGACAUCUGUCCCAGAAGCCGUUUCACUUCGGAGCCACCGACGCAACUCUGAUGGAAAUGAACUACAUGCUAGACGACACUAAGGAAGAACUAAUGACAGCUUUGCAGUUCACUUCCAUGGCAGAUGUACAUGACGGACCAAUAGAAGCGCUGGAAAGAUCUCACUUUGUUGAAGAGAUAUUAAUUAGUCUUGGAGGCAGAGUGUUCGCUAUUUGGAGCGAAGAUUACAAGGGGCAGCCCCUCUACUGGAGACAGUAUAAGAUUCGACUGACAGCUUGCCGUUGGUUCCUUCAUCGUCCCAGCAUGUUUCUUAUUGCGAGAGAGGAUGGACGUUUCGAAACCUGGGACUGGUUUCUUGACAGUUGUCAACCAAUACACAUAACCGAUGUUUUGGGUAAGCCACUGACAGGAAUAUACCAGAGUCCAAUAAACCAUGACAACAUAUUUGGAGUUGCUGAUUCAGAAGGAACAUUCAGAAUAUUUAAUGUCCCUCAUGAAUACACAGAAUUCCAUCCUGAAGAUGUUAUAAAACUGAGGAAUAUGUUUGAACAAGAUGUUGAGUGUAAACGCCUAUUAAUAUCAUGGACAACAAAAUGGAAAGAAAAAUUUGCUGAUUUUUUGAAGCAGAAAAGGAAAGAAGCUGAACGCCUCCAUAAACUCAAAAUGAUAAAGGAAAAGGAGAAAAUACGACUAGAGAAAGAAAGGCUUAAAGCCAUUAAAGAAGCAGAACUUGCAUUGCAGAAAAGAACAAAGCUAUUAAAGUGGCAGAAAGCACAGGAAAUAUGGGAUGCUAAACAAGAGAAACGAGCAAUAGAAAUACUCCUCAGUCAGAAGAACCUAGAUAAUGACCACCUAGAAACAGAGCAAAAGCCAUUCGUGAAAUUACAGCAGGAACAAAAAUUCAAAAGGAUAAAGCAGACAGAAGUAAUAAAUAUGAAUGAAAGUAUUUAUAAGGAAAUAGUCUCUCUCAAAUUCCCUGAUCUCAAAGAGGAACUUGCUGGAGGUCCAGAAAUCAAAGAAACAAAAGAAGUACAAGAAGAAGAAAUGACUGUUCUUUUCAUAGAGCUAUAUGAGAAGAGUGAGACUGACUGCAUGGACCUCAUGCAAAGUCAUCCUUUUGACCACAAAUUUCAGUGGAUGGAUGUUGUGAAGGAAGCACAUUCCAAAUUGCACAGUGUGUAUACAGACAACACACAGGCCAGCAACCUAUAGAAUAAUACCCACGUUUGUAUUUACUUUGAGUGGUACCAUUCAUUCAGUAAUGAGCAGCACCUACAGAUCUUAGAAUUCAUCAUUUAAAAAUACUAAACCAUAACAUGAAAAUGAUGGAAUUAUGUGAUGUGAAAAUCUCAAAUUUAGUAAAUUUUGAGCAAAACUUAAAAGAGGGUGAGCAGAGGAACCACAUCUAUAUACCUGCCCAGCAGUAAAAAUUAUCAGCAUGAUUUAUUCACAGUAAAAUAAUAAAGACUAAUAAUACUGUCAGGUCUAGUGUGGCAGUGGAAUAGGUAGAUCGGAGUGUAUUACCAUUCUUGUGGUGUUCAAAGAAAAUUUUUAUUUCCCUUUCAUCAGUUAUAAUUUGCACCUGUAUACAGAAGUCUUAAUGAUGUACAGAGUCUUCAAUUUGUAACACAUUCAGUGUUUCUUAAUAGAAGCUGUCUGUAAUCUCAUUAAGCAACCAUAUGAGUGUGAAUGAGUCGUCUUGUCCAUUAGAGGAUUUUGGUUAUUGGCCCACUGAUAGCACUGUGCUUCCUCAAAUAAUCACACUGAUAGCACUAAAUGUCAAAUCUGUAUCCAUUUACCUUACUUUACUGUACCAAUAUAAGCAACUAUGGCUCUUCAGAUCA